AUGAAGGGAGAUUAUUCAGGUCCAUGGACAAAACAGAAGAAUGAAUACAACACACCCUCCUCAUGUUGUUAUGCAAUUCAGCACACAACAAGAAGACAACAACAAUGCAUACAAACACAAACUGUUGUUGUUGUUGUACCAAAACAGAAACCUACUCCACUAAAACAUUCCUCUAAACUGGCUCUUCUUCCUUGCCACAUCCACACCAACACUUUCUCAUUCGAUCCCAUGCUUCUUGUUCUUUUAUUUCUUGUUGCUUCUUCUCUCUUCAACCCUGCAUUGUCAUACCCAAUUGUCUCAGAUUCCGGCCGCCGCCUCUCGCCGGCCAAUCAGACUUUUCAGCCAGGUUCAGAGUUGAACAAGUUGAGGGUUGUCCAAUCAUAUUUAAAGAAGAUCAACAAGCCUGCAAGCCCUGAUGGUGAUGUGAUAGACUGUGUUUUAUCUCAUCUUCAACCUGCUUUUGACCAUCCUGAGCUUAAAGGACAGAAGCCAUUGGAUGAACCAGAGAGGCCCAAAGAUAAAGGCUAUAACAACACAGAUAUAGUGGGAGGCAGUUAUCAACUGUGGUCAGAUUCUGGUGAAUCCUGCCCACAAGGAACUGUUCCAAUCAGGAGGACAGCAGAUAAAGACAUUUUAAGAGCAAGCUCCAUCAGAAGAUUUGGAAGAAAACCAAGAAGAAGUGUGAGGAGAGAUUCAUCAGGCAGUGGCCAUGAGCAUGCAGUUGUGUUUGUAAAUGGAGAUCAAUAUUAUGGAGCAAAGGCCAGCAUAAAUGUGUGGGCUCCACGUGUGACUGAUCAAUAUGAAUUUAGCUUGUCACAGAUUUGGGUAAUCUCUGGUUCAUUUGGCCAUGAUCUAAAUACCAUUGAAGCUGGAUGGCAGGUUAGCCCAGAGUUAUAUGGAGACAACUACCCUAGAUUCUUUACAUACUGGACAACAGAUGCAUAUCAAGCCACUGGAUGCUACAACUUGCUUUGCUCUGGCUUUGUCCAAACUAAUAACAAGAUUGCUAUUGGAGCAGCAAUCUCUCCAAGGUCUUCUUAUGGUAGCAGACAAUUUGACAUUGGCUUGAUGGUUUGGAAGGAUCCAAAGCAUGGUCACUGGUGGCUAGAAUUUGGUAAUGGCCUACUAGUUGGAUAUUGGCCUGCAUUCUUGUUUAGUCACCUGAGGAGCCAUGCAAGCAUGGUGCAAUUUGGAGGAGAAAUUGUAAAUAGUAGAUCAAUGGGAUACCACACAUCUACACAAAUGGGGAGUGGCCAAUUUGCAGAAGCUGGAUUUGGAAAAGCAUCUUACUUCAGAAAUUUGCAAGUAGUUGAUUGGGAUAAUAACCUACUUCCUCUUACAAAUCUUCACCUCCAGGCUGAUCAUCCAAAUUGUUAUGAUAUAAGACAAGGAAGAAACAAUGUGUGGGGGACUUACUUUUACUAUGGAGGCCCUGGAAGAAAUGUAAGGUGUCCAUGA